GUUGGUUGGAAGUAGAGUGGUAGACAAACACAAGUAUUGUCUACUAGAAAUGCAGGAAUGUUUUGAGACCUACUGUAUGAGGAAAGACCAAGCUGAACAGAGUUUAGAAGAAAUCAAGGUAUCAAUUAAACAACAAUCACUUGGUGAUGGUGGAAGCUUUCCUAUACAAUGUAGUGAAGAACAGAAAUUAGAUCUGUGCCAAAAGUUAUAUAAACUAAUUUUCCAACUAGUUAUGCUGUUUGAAAGUUAAAUCAAGCUACUAGAUUGUUUCAAACUUGUACAGACAGCCUCACAGGUGAAUGAUAUAUCUGGACAAGUUGAGAGUAUUAAAGGGGAAGUCACUGCUGCCAUGUCAGAGUUAGAGAAUGGCCAGGCAUCACCACUGAAUGUUGACUCCCCUAAACCAGUCACAAAACAAGAUGCAUUCUCCAGUCUUACAGAGUAUAUCAAAAGUCAACAAUACCAAAAAGCAAUACAGCUUGUCAGAUCUUUCAGGACAAUGUGGCCUGGUGACAUGUUUGGACAAUCACAGGAUGAUGACCUUGUUACCCUGCUCAAUGUGUUUUGUAUUGAAAUGGCUGAAAAGAAAACAGGUGUAUUUGUGUUAACAAAGGUGGAGUUUGAUAUUGGCUUGUUAUAUAGCCAAUUAUUGGACAUUAAUCAACAAAUUAGAAACUGGACUAUACCCUCUCCUCAACAGUCAUGCACAGGAAACAAUGAUUUAUUAGACUCCAGUACAUUAUAAUAGUAUGAAUAUUCUGAGGUUGACAAGAAAACUACAAUUUAUUGGAUUCAAGUUUAUAAUGAUGGGAAAAUAUAUUCUAAUCAGAACAGAAAACUACAAUUUACUGGACUCAAGUAAAUAAUUAUGGUAAAAUGUAUUCUGAUUUGGACAGAAAAUUACAAUUUAUUGGACUCAAGUAAAUAAUGAUGGUAUCACAGUAUUAAGUAUAUCACAUAUUCUGAUUACAGCAUCAAUAUUUCUUGCUUUGUGAGAGAGUUUAUAAAGAAAGUAAACAUGGCUUACAACACUUUUAAGUGUUGGAAAUUGAGUACCGAUUAAGCUGGUGCUAGAGGGAGUGAGGGAUGUUGCACUUUUUCAGUAUCAGCUACAAUACAGACUCAAUCAAACAGAGUCUGCAAUUUUCAUGUUAUAUUUUGUUGUAAUUGAUGCUUCCGAGGGAUCACUUGUUGUCCAGAUUAUUACAGACAAGGAUUGAUUUUGUCUCAUUGUUAAGUGAUUGUUGAAUGUGUAUUAAACUCAGUUGAGAUGUUUAUAUUUUGGAAAUAAUGGUAAACAAGUUAUGUGUGAUGAAAUAGAAUAAGUAUGCACCCUUACAUUAACUUGGGACAAUGUUUCAGUGAUAUAUCACACGAUAAUGUGUGACAUACAAUAUUUUGUUCAUGUCGGUCACAGUCAUAGUUACAGUGCAUUAUUAUUUCUAACACACUUUGCUGGUAACUUUACAUUCAAUAUGUCACCUGUGCUAGGCUUUUUCUAUAGCGAACAAUCAGGGUAUCAUCACAUUUCAUAUUUGAUCAAAAUUAGAUUGUGUAAAGUCUACCUAAGAUAUGAUAAAAUGAUAUGUUUUCAUACAAUUUUCUACAAUAAAAAAAUCAUGUCAUGAAACUUUAUUUGUAAGAAGUGCCAAAUUUGUUGUUUGUUCUUCUAAAUAUGUUAAUGUUAAGUUGAAAGGUUGUAGAUUUUGUUAGAGAAAUAUUUGUUGUAGUACAAAAAUGUAUAUUUGUCACUAUAGUAAGCAAAGUCAUUGUGUUGUACAUGAUCAUCGACAACAUGAUACAUACAAACAUUAGAUUCCACUUAGUCUCUAUACAUCAAUGAGUUUUUGUUCAACGAAAUCAUUCUUUGAGCAAUAAAUCAAUAAAAUAAAGUGUAAAUUUGUUAAAACACAUUCUAAACAGAGACAGAGUAAUAUUUUUUCUCUUUUCCAGAUUUUUACGCUCUAAAAUUGUGUAAUACAUGUAUAAUAUGUGGCAAUUGUAAAAAACAACUUCCCUGUACUUCAUUGGAGUGUUAUUUUUACAGGAUUAUUGAUUAUGUCAAUUUUAGUGUUCAAAAUUUAAUACUGCUUAAAGAGGCACGAUACAUGUUGCAUCACUUUUCACUCUUAAGAAUGAUUUUUAUUUUAUAUCUGAGUAUAUUUCUCAAUAAUCGUUUGCGUAUCUCUGUUUUGAGUGCCGGAGUUGAUUUUUGUAAGAUAUUUAAAUUUAAUGUUUUUAGGCUUUUGGACCAAUACAUGUUUUGGUUCCUUUAAAUAUAAAGACUUUUGCGCAGGUUUAUAAUAAAGGUUGAUAAAUAUUUUUUAAAUAAAUAACAAAAAUCGGUCGUAUCAUUUUGUUAUUGAAUCAUAAUUAGUAUAUUCACAUCCUUUUCCUACUUACUUUUUUAUUCAAAUGUGCUAAUUUAGUAGUUUUAGUUAUUAAUAAAUAAUUUUUGUGUUAUAUUUUGUGUCCCUCUUUGCAAAAAAUGUUGGCAAAGCCAAUUUUCAUUUUUGUAUUCAAAUUAAUAUGAUAUUUAUUUGAAAGAUAUAAUAUACUGCAAGUUUUGUCACAUUGUUUAAGUGAAUGUACAUUUAGAUUCUAAAAUAGUAUAUAAUCAAAGUUGAAAUCAUUGAAUGAUUAAAUUCUCCUUAUUCUAUUUGGAAAUAAAUUAGAAUGUCUUUGUUCAUAAAUCUUGGGGGGAGGCAUUAAUGACAAUUCUGUAGACCUAGUAGUUUAGAAUUAGGCCAUAUAUACUAUAAUAGUAUAAAAUAGUAUUUAUGUAUACAGUCUGUAAAUCUAUGUCACCAGUUACUUGAACAUAAGAAGAUGGAUGCCCCCACAUUACACAGUUUUGUCAGUCUGCUGCUGACGUUCAACAGGACUAAUACUGUUUUACUGUUUAGUUGUCAAUCAUUGUUGAUUGUUAGCUGACAAAAAAAGAGACCAGUAUUGUGAUUCAUGGUCUUUUUGUCCUAGUCACUCCUUUAAUCUAUUAACAGAUAUUAAUAGAUAUUUAAACGUUCAGCGGUUUUUCAGCAUUUGAUUCAAAUUGAGAAGUUUAGUUAACUUAAUUUAGUUUUUAACCCUCUUUAUUUAAAUUUCUGGAUUUUCCUUUAC